AAAAAAAAAAAACCUAAACUUUGCAAAUGCUUUUAUAACCAAUGCUUUGUCCUUUCCUAUGCAUUUCUCCUUUCCUUGGUCUUAACAUAAACUCACUGCUCUUCCUUUCCUUCCCCUCCUUCCCUGUAGUAUGAGAUCAAUGUCUGUAACACGCUCCUUUCCUCUUCAUGUUCCGGUUACAACAUCUAGUCCACUUAUAAAACGUGCCAACAAGAUUGUGAUGCUUAAACACAACCAAGUUCCUGGGAAGAAAGCAUCUGCACUUCGGAUCAGAUCCAUCUCCAAGAACAAGGUUUUCGAGGAUCAGUCAGUGGGUGUAAUCUGCUAUAGAGAUGAGAAUGGAGAAAUAGUUUGUGAAGGGUAUGAUGAGGGCCCUCGUUUUCGUCAACAGAUUCCUGGAACAUUUUAUAAUCUGAGAGAUGCAGAGAUCUUUGAUCUUCUACAAAAUAGAUGGCUUCAAAUUGUUAAUGGUGGCGGAUUCAGCAAUGCUAAUAAAGGUGCUUUUAUUGUGCAAGAUGACUUCAAUUGGAAUGAUUUUAACAAAUUCCACUAAUAGAAAGCCUGGCUAUUGCCUGAUUCCACAGAUUUCAUGAAAUAAUUGUUUCUGCAGCAUGUACAAGAAGACACUCGAAUUAUUAAGAUUGUAUAUAGAUAGCAGAGAAGCUCUCUCUUGUUAUUACUUUGUUUUUGCAUUAUGGAGGAUCAAAGCUCACAGCCCCUUCAGGUUUCUUGAUAUUUUUCAUGAAAUACCUCUUCUGGUUACAGGGUAACAGCAGUUUGAAUGCAUUAUUCUUGCAUCCUAAAAGUUGCUGUCUGGACUCUGGACAGCCAUUUGUGUGAUAAAAGGUCAAAUAAAUCAAAGCUUGGAACUUUAUUAUAAAUGAUAUUAUUGAAUAAUUUGAUUUCUCAGAUUAGCAAAAAUUUCAAGUUUAUCUCUCCAUGUCUAAUAAAAUAAACUCAUUCCUAUUAUCAGAUAAGAAAACAUAUUCAGCAGAUGUUUAGUGCUGGAAACACUUCAUAGCCAUUCAAUUCUGAAUCAGCCAGACCAGUUUGUACAAGUAAAUGACCCAAUAAACGGAAUCACAAUUCCUUACCACCCAUCAGCUUUGACUAUUGUAAAUGGAAACCUGAACAAUUAAUGAAUAAAAUGCAACAUGCAAU